AUGAGCGGAUACGACCGAGCUUUAUCAGUUUUCAGGCAGCACCCCCCACCCGUAAAUGCUAACCCGUCAAUAGAAGUAGAGUACGCCCUUGAGGCCGUGAAACGAGGAACCUGUGCCGUGGGUGUCAAGGGCCGAGACGUGGUUGUUUUGGGAUGUGAGAAGCGCAGUGCUUUGAAGUUACAGGAUACUCGGACUACCCCGUCCAAGAUUUGUAAGAUUGAUAAGCAUCUGACUCUGGCGUUUGCCGGGUUGAAUGCCGAUGCCCGAGUGCUGAUUGAUAAGGCGCGUGUCGAGGCCCAAUCGCAUAAACUCACUUUAGAGGACCCGGCCAGUGUGGAGUAUAUCACCAAAUACAUUGCCGGAGUGCAGCAACGGUAUACUCAGAGCGGAGGUGUCAGACCGUUUGGUGUUUCGACUCUGGUGAUUGGAUUUGAUCCUAAUGACAAGGUUCCUAAACUUUACCAAACCGAGCCAUCAGGAAUCUAUUCGGCCUGGAAAGCCAAUGCUAUUGGCCGCAGCUCGAAAACCGUUCGUGACCUGCUGGAGAAAUCGUAUGAAGAAGACAUGGAUAGAGAAGCUUCAGUUAAGCUUGUGAUUAAAAGUUUACUAGAAGUAGUUCAAACCGGAGCCCGUAACAUCGAAAUCGCCAUCAUGUCGCCCGGCUCGGAACUCGAGCUGCUCGAUUCAGAGACCCUCGCUACAUACGUGGCCGACAUCGAGGCCGAAAAGGCCGCUGAGGCCGCUAAAAAGAAGCCUCGUUCUUCGGACCAGCAGCAAGCCUAG